AUGAGUGGAGAUGGCGGGUAUAUCCCACCCUCGCCACCGCAUAGUAAUGGAUCGUCAAGAGCGAACUCUUCUACGGCGCUCACGGACGCAAGGCCGUUAUUGAGCUUGACGAAUUUGCAAGAAAGACGAUUAUGGACGCAUAUUGACGAUCGACUGCUCUCGCUCGAAAGGGAUGAACGGAAACAUGCUUUCACGACUUUGCUGCGACUUGUAUCUGAACGGCUGCUUCCCCUUUUGACUCUCAUCCUCCAGAUCCCACCUGUGGAACCAUGGGGCGGUGUACGAGUCUCUUACCUCCUCACCCUGACGGGAUCGAUGAUAGAUUUUAUCACCUCUUUGCCGUUAGUCAAGCUCUCAUCUAUGGCGCAUGCGCCAACACCGGAGACUAGUGCUUCCGACAUUGACGAAGUCGACGAUGCUGCUCCUGCCGAAGAUGAGGUUGACGCCAUCGCUCAGGCAGAAGCCGCAAGAACGAUGAGACGGCUGUUGGAUCUUUUGAGCGAGGUGGAUCGAGGUUGGCUAGCUGUGCUCAGAGGGGAUGCUUGGAUACCGCCAGCUAAAGCGGGCGGCAGAGGUCAUCCAAUUCCUGUUCAAUUUGGAUGCCAGGUUGGAGCGACCGAGAGGAUCCGAUUAAGAAGUAUCAUCAUGGCUUCUCGAUCGAAAUUCGUAGCUUGGGCCAGGACCUAUGGCGACUUUUCAGGCGUGUCGUAUCCACCAGGUUCCGACGACGCUGGACUCACACCAACUGCAUUGUCCGCAGAAUCGAGUCUGGACCCAGACAUGGAGUGGGAGCAAGAGGUCAUUGGGCUUUGGAAUGGAACUCUGCAAAAGCUUUCUGAUAUGGACUUUUGCGUCGCGGCUGGAGAUCAUGCUGGCUGA